UCUCCUCUCUGUAAAUUUUAUUCUACAUUUCUCCAUUUCCUCCUCUCCCAAUUCUUUCUCUCUCCCUCUCUCGUUUCUCUCUGCAAUUCCGAUUCCAAGAUGAGCAAGGGGCCCGGUCUUUUCUCCGACAUCGGCAAGAAGGCUAAAGAUCUUCUGACGAGGGACUACAUCUCGGAUCAGAAGUUCUCUGUUUCUACUUAUAGCGAUGCUGGAUUGGUCCUCACAUCAACCGCAGUGAAGAAAGGGGGACUUUCAUCUGGGGAUGUUGCAGCAUUAUACAAGUACAGAAAUGUUACAUUUGAUGUUAAAGUUGAUACAGCAUCAAAUAUAUCUACUAUCAUCACAUUGAAUGAUAUUGUCCCAUCAACCAAGACUAUUGCUUCAGUCAAGUUCCCUGAUCAUAACUCUGGCAAGCUGGAGGUUCAGUAUUUCCACCAUCACGCAACCCUAGCAACUGCAGUUGCCUUGAAUCAAAACCCCUUCAUUGAUGUUUCUGCCACUCUUGGUACUCCAAGCAUCGCCUUUGGUGGGGAAGCUGGUUAUGACACCACUUCCGGUAACUUUACGAAAUAUACUGCUGGCAUUAGCGUGACAAAACCUGAUUCGUCUGCAUCGAUAAUAUUAGGUGACAAGGGAGAUUCUAUAAGAGCUUCUUACGUGCACCAUUUGGAUCAGCUCAAAAGGAGUUCUGCAGUGGGAGAGAUUACACGAAGAUUCUCGACGAACGAGAAUACUUUCACGGUAGGAGGGUCGAUUGCUGUUGAUCAUCUGACAGUGGUGAAGGCAAAGCUGAACAACAAUGGGAAGCUUGGGGCACUCAUCCAGCAUGAAAUUAUUCCAAAAUCUUUGUUGACCAUCGCUGGUGAGAUUGACACCAAGGCUUUGGACAGAAUUCCCAAGUUCGGUUUGGCCGUUGCUCUCAAGCCAUAAUUGUUGAGAACUUAUUUGUGAAAAGCAUUCAAAUUCUUGCGUUGCUCGAGAAAACGAGCACUCAGUAAGUAGCUCCCACACAUUCAUUUUUUUAGGCGCUCUAACACUGGAUUGUCUGUAUUUUCAUUUUCCACUCUUCUAUUUUGUUCGUUUUUUUCCUUUUUAGACUUUGGAGGCUUUUGGUCAUUUUGACAAUUUAUAUCUUCUUACGUUGGAGAGAGUUAAAUGAUUUUUUUUGGUUGAAAA